CGAUCAGUCGGUGCGCGCCGCGCCGGCCGCGCCGGCCGCGCCAAGCGGUGUGCGCGACGUGGCGUUGUGUGCUUUACAAACGUGACGUUUUCAUUCAUUCGAUCGACAUAACAUGGCGUUUACUUUGUGGACACUUUAUGAGGCAACCUUAUUGUGGUUAAACGCCGUUUGCGUUUUAAAUGAGGAUAGGUUUCUCGCUAAAGUCGGUUGGGCAUCGUGGCAAAAUGUCCAAGGCUUCGGCGAACCACCUUCGAUAAAACUGCAAUUAUUAAAUCUAAUCAAAUCGAUACGAACGGUGAUGCGAGUACCACUGAUAUUCCUGAAUAUCAUAACUAUUACAGUGAAACUGAUACUUGGAUGAGAAAGUCUGAUAGAGGAUGUAAAUAAAAGAACGGAUUGCUACUGUGAAAUCAAAAGAUUACUGUAAAUAACUGGUAAAUUAAAUUCCAUUAUUUUUAUCUUUGUAAGAAAAA